UUACUUGACAAAUUUUUUAUUAAAUAGCUUCACAACACUUUAUUAUGGAUUAAUUGAGUGCCAUUAAUAAAUAUGACUAGAAAUAUAAGUAUGUUAUUUUGAAAGUUAUUUACAAAAUCAUAUUGUGGAUACUUUGAUUGGAUAUUAAUGCAUAUUACAAAAUCCAAUAAUAUAAAUUACUUGUCAAUUUACUUAAUUAAUAUAUCAAUAUAUAUGAAACACUACUAAUGCCUGAAUCAGAUAACAACAAAUUUAUUGACAAAUUAUCAUCUAAUACAUGUAAUGGAACUUUUAUUUUUAAUAAUGGAUCAAUACAUGGCAAUAAUAAUAAUUACAAAAUAAAAACGCCACAGAAGUUACUAUCAGGGAAUAUAUCCACCAAUAUAUCUGAUAUUUUAGUAAAAGCUAAAGACACUUCAGACUAUACAUUUUUAGAUGACAGUUCUUUAAAUUCUUCUAUUGAUAAUUCACUUAUAAAUAUCACAAAUCAUUCUUCUUUGUUAACAUUAGCCUCGUUAGCUACAAAUGAUUGGAUUUUCAGGCAUAAUUCCAAUACUGAUCUCAUAAGUGACAGUAAUAAAGUAGUGGGCUUUAAUGUUGAAAACAAUAUUUAUUUUAAUUCAGAUUAUUUAACAAUUGAUAAUAAUUAUCAUACUUCAAAAAUAACUGAUUAUGAUGACUUGAAUAUAGAUGAUUUUAGUAAUAUUGGAGAUAAGAUUAAGAAUAUUUAUACAAAUGAACCCCCACCAGUAUCAUCUAAAAAUUCAAUUAAUUAUAAUGAUUUAACAAACUGUGAUAUCAUAAAAUACUUUGCUUAUAAUGAAAAAAAAAAAUUACAAUUUUUACUAGACAAGAUUACAAGACUAAAAAAUGCAUCUUCUUAUUUACCACAACUAUCUAAUAAUAUCAAAAAGUUAUACCAGUAUAGACCAGAUGUAUUAAUAUCACAUACAAUUUUCUACUUUCCUUACAUUAAAAAUAAUAAAAAUUUAUGUCUACCCAAUUCUCAAAUGAAAACUGACUUGACUUAUCAAAACUAUAGACUAUAUAUUGAUUAUAUCAAACACAUCAAUCAUAGUGAUAGUUCUAUAUUAAAUAUCAGUAACAACUGCAAAAUUAAUACAAUAAUUGGUAAACUUUGGCUCAAUAAAUUAAGAGAUAAAUCGUUUUGUAAUUGUAAAUUUUCUCAAGAUCAGCAUUCACAAUCACUUUGCUUAAAUCUCUCAACUCAGGCCAAAUCUUUUGAUAUUCAAAUGAAACAUUACAAAAAGUUGCAAUUGAAACGAUUUCGUAAAUCAAUCUUACCUCACCACAAAACAAUUUUAAACAACUAUACAACUGAGGGCAUAGAAUUAUCUGAUAAUGGCAGCAAGCCUAGAAGAAGGGGUAGAAGAAGAAAAGAUUUUGAAAUGACAAGGCUGCUUCUCUUGGAAACAAAUAAUACAAAUAAAACAAAAAAUAUAGAAAAUGACAGUACUAGUAAUAAAAGAUACAUUACAAGGCUUUCUAAAAAAGUUAUUGAGUCAUCUGAGCUUCCACUUAAAAAGGCUGAAAAACAAAAGAUUAGUAAAAUUACCCAUAUGGCUCAAUUUAAUGAGCCUGACUUAAAAAAAAUAAAAUCAAAUCAAGAUAUUGAAUCUAUGAAAUAUGAUCUUGUAAUAAAUAGCGUUAUAGAUAAGAUUCGUCAUGUGGCUAAAGAAAUUAUUGAAAAGAAUGCAUCCACAACCAAAAAAGAGGAAUUACAUAUAAAUGAUCCCCCACAGCAAUCACAACCCUUAAUUAUACCUUACAGAAAGACUGCAAAAGAAGAGAUUCCUCAUUUUGAACAUAUCAAAGAAAAUUUAUACACAUACAAAGAGGACAAGAAUUCUGAAAAAUCGGCCAGGAAACAAGCUAAAAGAAUGAUAUGCACAUGCACUUUGGAUGAUGAUCGUAUAAUUGAAAUCCAGAAUGAAACCAAUAUCAUCGGAUGUAGUUCUGAUUGUUUGAACCGUUUGUUAAUGAUAGAGUGUGCUUCGAGAUGUCCAUGCAAAGAAUAUUGUUCCAACAAGCUUUUUCAAAAAAAAACUUAUUGCUCCUCCGAGCCUUUUAUGACAUUCGGAAAAGGAUGGGGUCUCAGGACUCUUCAAGAUAUUGAACCUGGGACAUUCGUUAUAGAAUACGUCGGUGAAGUGGUAGACACAAAGGAAUUUAAUAAACGACAAAUACAGUAUCACAAAGAGGAAAGGAUUCAUUACUAUUUCAUGUCAUUGAAACAAAGUCAAAUUAUUGACGCCACAAACAAAGGCUCGUAUUCAAGAUUCAUUAAUCACUCUUGCGAUCCUAAUUGUGAAACUCAAAAGUGGACCGUUAAUGGCAAAUUAAGAAUUGGUAUUUUCUCCAAAAAACGUAUUCCUAAGUAUUCUGAAUUGACUUUCGAUUAUCAAUCACAAAGAUAUGGUCGUGAACCUCAAAAAUGUUUCUGUAGUUCAGCCAAUUGCAGAGGAUAUAUUGAUAAAAAUUAUUUGCCAGCUACUACUGUUUCACCUCUUUUAAAUAAUAGCUACAUUCCUGUAAAUGAUAACAAUGAUGAUAACCCCAUAACGAACACGAUUACCAAAAGAAAUCAAAUAUUUUCUGAGGAUCCUUAUUUAGAAGAAGAAAUUGAGGAUCUUUUUAAAAUAUCAAAUAUCACCGAUGACUCUGAUAUUAAAAUCUCGGAGGGAAAUGCUCAGAACUUUGGAUUACAAAAUUCGGAAAACAUGUUAAAAUUUUGUAGACUGAUGAUUAGGACCGAAAAGCCUUUAUUUAAGAUUAAAUUAUUAAAAUUAUUGAAGUUUUCAAGGCUGGAUAUUUUGACCUUAUUUAUAAAUCUUCAAGGUCUUAAUUUAAUGUGGACCUGGAUGGCCUCCAUCCCUGAUAUUGAUAGAGUAAUUUAUCCAAAAGACUCUAGUUAUGAAGAAUUUGAAGAAAACAUUGUUCUAAGUUUCAAGAUCUUGGAAGUUUUACUAAAGCUUCCUAUAACUACCAAAGAGUCAUUAGAAAAAUCCAAAAUACCAAAAGUAUUAGAAAAGUGGGCCUCGAUGCCACAUUCCUUACAACAACAAAGCGUUGACAUCGAAAAAUUAACCACGGAAUCUCAAAAAGUAUUGGAAGAAUGGAACAAUAUCAAAGAAAUUUACAAAAUUCCGAAGAAAAAAGACAAUGCAUCAGAGGACAUAUCUCGGCCCAUGUCAUUUUGCAAUACCGAUAAAUAUAUGGGAUUGGAAUAUUGUCAAAUUAACGAUUAUUACAAUAGAGAUUCUAGUUCUUCAUCCAAUGCCAGAAAUGACUAUUGUUAUGAUGAAAAAAUUAUCAAGCCUCCAUAUCAACAUUACCCAUCUCCACGUUCUAAUAGUAUUUGGCAAAACAAUUAUAAUGAUAACAAACGCUUAAAGAAAAAUUUUUACGAACCAAAAAACGAUCGCAAGGAUCAUAUUUUAAUGUGUAGAGAAAACACUCCAGAACAAAAAUACAAUCAUUUCCAUAUUAAAUCAUCUUAUAACAAUGGAUCAAAAGCACGAUCUCAUCAUAAUUCUUAUAACUCAAAAGAUUAUGAUAAGGAUAAGAGGUUCUCCGAAUAUUCACAUAAUAUUAGCUAUGAUGAAAAAAAUCUAUUUAAUGAUGAUUCUAGAAAAAAGGAUCAUUCAGUCACAAACUAUUAUGAUCAAAAAUCUCAUAAAGACAAAAGAAAAGCUCACUCCUCCUUUUCAUCACAAGCACAUCAAAAUAGAAAAAUUAAUGUUAAACCAGAUUAUAACAAUGAGCAAACUUCGCUAAACUCUUCUCUCGAACUCCGAACUGUUGUAGAAAUGGAUAAGACAACUGGCUAUUCUUUUCCUAUUUUAUACAACUCUAAAAGUUACAAAACUUGCCAAAAGAAUUUAACAGAUAAUUCGUUUACCGUUUUGCCAAAUUAUGCAUCACAUUUGGUCAGCCCAAUUCAAUCUUCUUCAUUCUUAACUACCCAACGCUCGUUGUCUUUCAAUCAGUCACCAUUAAAAAACGAUAUUAAUUGCAUUAACACUCUCUUUCCUCGACUUGAUGUUGCGAUGCCUUUAUCUAAUAUAAUAAGCAAUAUUAAUUCUCUCAGCACUUUACAUAAUCCUUAUGCUUCACAACACCUUAUGCAACAAGCCAAUUACUUAAGCACUACUUUAUCAAUUCCCAUUAGCACCCAUUUAUUACAUCAAAAUCAUAAUUCUCAAAAUUCUUUAUACAUCAAUAAUGUUUUACAACAGGCGCCACAACAUUAUAAUUCAUCCUCAUCACAGCAACUCAUAAAUUCUAUUCUAUAUUGGCAAUCCCCCACCCCUCCCCCCUCCAUAAACAAUAAUCUCCAAAAUGGCAUCUCUUCUUUCAACCAAACAAAUUUGUCUGACACUUCUAAUUACAGAAAUUUUUUGAAUUCCAUUGGUACACCUUCGUUUGAUAGCCUUAAUCUCAUUUCCAAAGUAAGCGAUACUAGUACAAAUAAUCUGAUCUUAGAUUCAAAAAUACUACCAAAUAAAGGAAAAUUACCAGAAAAUUGGAAAAUAGCAUUCGAUAACAUCUCCGGCAAGCCUUAUUAUUAUCAUAAAAUUACAAAACAAGUCCAAUGGGAUUUUCCAAUCGAUAAUAAAAUAUCCGAAACAUCAUCAUCUUCUACUUCCCCCAAUUCCAACAAUUCUGAAAAUCUUGAGGUCAAAUCUAAUAAGGAACACAAUAAACAAAAAAACAAUGAUCAUAAUAUUAGCCGGGAUACAACAGUUCAUAGAAUUAAGGAAAAGUUCCGAAAUGAAGUCUCUACUUUCGUGGUUCAGUAUUUAACUCCCUAUCUUAAAAAAUGUUGCAAAAUUGGCCGCAUCAAUAGUACAGACGAUUUUAAAUAUUUAGCUAGAAAACUAACACAUACUAUCAUUGGCAAAGAGAUGGAAAGAAAUAUCUCGAAUCCCCAAAAUAUAAGAUUUUCUAACUCAGUUAAAUCUAAAACAGAAGUCUUUAUCGAAAAAUAUAUGAUAAAAUUGGGUCCUGUAUAUAUGAGGAACCCAAAAAUAUUAUAA